AGUCAGUGAGCUUUCUGCAAAGACACCAAGUGCUCUUUUGAAGAAGCAAGUGAGUGAAUAUCAAAGGUUCCUUCAGUUCACCGGAGCAGCAGCCCAUCAUGAACUCCAAGCUAAGUGAGACUCAUCAGAAAGCAAUCUGCUCCCAACUGGGACAUGUUCAACUGAAACUGCUCUACAAAGCCAGUGUCCAUGGUUAUACUGCUGCUGCCUUUCACCAGCAAUGUGACAGCCUGUCACCCACUCUGUCUGUGGGCUACAAUGCCUCUGGUUACAUUUUUGGAGGCUACACCACUCAACCUUUUGAUCAGUCUGGACAAUAUGCUAAAGAUGACCAGGCAUUUCUUUUUACUUUUAUGGGAAGAAAACUCAUCAAAUAUCCAGUUGCUAAUGCUUCAUACGCUGUUAGAAUGAUGAGCAACUCUGGUCCUUAUUUUGGAGAAUCCCUGGUUCUUAUUAAUACGGGCAUGCCAGUUGUACAUAGCGAGGCAGCAAGUUAUUACCCAUUUAAUGCUGCACAGAUGCAUGGAAAUGACUUGAACUUGAUAGAGUGUGAGGUCUACCAGCUGGUGGAGCUGACUAAAUUUGAGGAUCCAUGGCGGACUGUAACCUGGAACCUUGAACAUAAGCUGGAGCUGAUGAAUUACAUAGAGAACUACAAACCCCAGAUCAGUUCUGUGUCCCAAGCUCGGGUUUUACUCGUUGGACCAGUCGGAGUUGGAAAGUCCAGCUUCUUCAACUCCAUCAACUCUGUUUUCAGAGGCCAUGUCACCAACCAGGCCAUGUCUGGUUGUUCCUCCACCAGCCUCACCACUCAGGCUGGAAGAGAAGGCAGACUUCUGCCAGUCAUCCUGUGUGACACGAUGGGACUGGAGGGCAGCAACGACACAGGACUUGAUAUAGAAGAUAUAACUAGCAUCCUCAAAGGUCAUCUGCCUGACCGUUACCAGUUCAACCCUGCUACUCCUCUGGAUUCUGAUGCUAGUGGCUAUUGCAAAUCUCCAAGUCUCAAAGACAAGAUCCACUGUGUCACAUACGUACUUGAUGCCUGCAACAUCUCCAUUAUGUCCGCAAAGAUGGAGGAGAAGCUGGGAGCUAUCCGCAAAAAGGCCAACCAACUACGGAUUCCUCAGCUGGUUGUACUGACCAAAGUUGAUGAAGCCUGUUUCUUAGUGAAAGAAGACCUGACAAACAUCUACCAGAGCAUCUACCUCAAGGAGACAAUGCAACAGGCCAGUGCAAAGCUUGGGAUACCGCUGAGCUGCAUUGUUCCAGUGAGGAACUACACCGAGACGUUGGAUCUAGACGUCAACUGUGACAUCCUGCUGCUCAGUGCGCUCACCCAGAUGCUUCGAUCGGCGGAUAAUUUUUACGAUGAUUUCAGCGACCAAUUGAGCACGCUUCAAACCAGGGAAUAAGAUUUUGAAAAAGCAGAUGCAACAGAUCAACCGCUGCAAAUCCUAAAAUUUUACCUAUGUGUUUUUUUUUUACCUGCACAGGUUUAAUGUUCUACAAAAUAAAAUAUCCCAUUUAUCUAUGCAUUUAAUUUUAAUUUCAAGCUUGAAAAGCCAAACAUAUAAUUCUAACUUUCAGUAUAUUAAUGUUACUAAAGCUACAUGUCACUAUUCCAUUUAGCUGUUCUCCCUGGGAAUAUUGUUCACCAUAAAAUAUGCUUGUUAAACUGCAUCACUGCACAUGUAAGAUUCUACAUAACCUAAGAUUCUUUGACACAUUCUGUGUAGAAACAAAACAUAUCCACCAUCACCUACACAUUUACUGGAGUGACAAUUCAGUCGAGAGUUAAAAUGUCAAAAAUGCGAGUUGCAUAGAAAUUACUCAGAACCUCUCUAGUUUUUUCUAAAACCCAUUUUGCUCUUUUUUGAGUUUUUUCUUUACUGAAUUCAAUACUGCAGUCUCUCAUUGUUUAAUGUCUCAAAAGCCUGACAAUAUUUUCAGAGUCAUUCUUUGAAACAUUUGUUUGAAAUAAAGGUCUUGUAGCUUA